AUGUUGGAUAUCAAGUAUUCUCAGUUGGAAUCCAAAAACAAAGAGGAUUUUUUAGACAUUCAAAAGUUGGUUAAUGCAAAUUUAUCAGAACCAUAUUCAGUUUAUGUUUAUUUGUUUUUUUUGACAAUAUGGCCCAAAUUGUGUUUUUUGGCAAAGUAUUACGAUGAGAAAAGUGGAAAAGAGGAAUUGAUUGGAGCCAUUAUAUGUAAAUUGGAGCCCCACAGAAACGCUCGAAUGAGAGGGUAUAUUGGAAUGGUUGCAGUUGAACCCAAGUACAGAGGAAAUGGUAUUGCUAAAAAAUUAAUUUUAAAAUCAAUUGAGAAAAUGGUCCAAGAAGGAGCAGAUGAGAUCAUGUUAGAAACCGAGGUUGUCAAUAAAGCAGCUAUAUCUUUGUAUGAAAAUAUGGGAUUUAUAAGGACUAAACGAUUAUAUCGAUAUUAUUUAAAUCAGCAUGACGCGUUUAGGUUACUAUUACCAAUAACAGAGAGAAGCCAUGUUAGAUCUGGUUACUUGAAUGCUAUAGGUGAAGGAAACAGUGUAAAUGGCGUAGGUAAUACAGAUACAGUGAUAUAG